UGCACGUUCCUCUGCGGGGCCGCGCUUCGGCUUCAAGGCGCGUUCACGCGGUUUCCAGUGUGUGAGCGAGAAACGAACAAUUCAUCAUCACAGUCCAUUCAGUUUCUAUUCAGACGCUGACCUACACAGAGCUACAGCUAUGGCCUCCGGUGUGAAAGUCACAGAUGAAGUUAUCGCAGUCUUCAACAACAUGAAGGUGCGUAAGGCUCAGGCGAAUGAGGAUGAGAAGAGGAAGAGGAAGAAGGCUAUUCUGUUCUGCAUGAGCAAGGACCUGAAAAACAUUGUUCUGGAUGAUGGCAAGGAGAUCCUGCUGGGUGACUUGGGAACCACCGUCCAGGAUCCAUACCAGCACUUUGUGAAGAUGCUGCCCCCAGAUGACUGCCGCUACGCCCUGUACGACGCCACUUAUGAGACCAAAGAAACAAAGAAGGAGGACUUGGUCUUUAUCUUUUGGGCUCCAGAAAAUGCUCCCCUGAAGAGCAAGAUGAUCUAUGCCAGCUCAAAAGAUGCUAUCAAGAAGAAAUUUGAAGGUAUUAAGCACGAGUGGCAGGUGAACGGUUUGGAGGACCUCAAAGACCGGCACACCUUGGCAGAGAAACUGGGCGGCUCGUCGGUAAUCAGCCUGGAAGGAUCCCCUAUAUAAAUAUUACCUCCCCUCUCCCUCUCUGGCUUCGAUCGAGGCCUGUCAGACACAUCUGUGGGGUUUAGCUGUUCAUUCCAGUGUGGUUUGGAAAGGGGCAAAAGCAGAAUCAGCACCAUUUUUCGGGACCCUCAGGGUGGGAUACUGUGGGUGGGUUUGGGGUCAAGUGACAGACAAAAGAAACAAAAUGAAGAAAUUUCACAAAUGCAGACUGUCAUUCAAGUUCACGCAACAUACAAAAAAAAAUGAACAAAACACUUAAUAAGAAAAACAAAGAUACAACUGAGGAAGGAUGAUGAAGAUAAACUUUAAAAAACAUAAUGUUCAUGUUUAAGGACAGGGUUUUGUUCUCUCUGGGUUCCAUUUGGAUGAUUGCAGAGAAAGGGACAGGCAUCAAAUUUUAGUUACCAACCAUAACAAUUUGACACAUUUUUGUUCCAACUACAUUUUUUUUGCCAAACUUCUAGAAAAGUUUUGUAAGUGUGUAGUUGAGACUAGUUGUAGUAUAAACUAAUUCCCUAUUGAUUGCACAAAGUGUAUCAAACCUUCUCGGGGAAACACGGUUAGAUACAUAUAUUUUUCUUUUUUGUUUUGUUAUUCCAUUGUUCUCACUUUUUUUGAACAUGCAAAUUCCCAAACUUGAGUGAUUCCUUUUCAUUUCCAGUUCUUGGUCAGAAAACCAUGGCAUUGAUGUAGUAACAGACAACAUUCCUUGUACUUGUUGAAACCAGGAUCCUCUUGAUUUAAAUCUUUGGUGUUAUGAAGGUCUGAUGGGGAGCGAUGUGUAUGUGAAAGACCAGCGGUCAGAGUUUAGACUGAAUAUUGAAUGGUGGAUGUUUUGUAUCGUCUCCUUAUCUCUAAUAAAAAGCACUAAACUACUGA